AUGACGUCCAUCUACAGCCCCGGCUCGCCCAUCCUCUUGCCCAAUGGCGCGCGCAUAUUCAACCGUCUCGUCGACUUUCUCCGCCAGCAGUACGUCCGCUAUGGCUUCCAGGAAGUCAUCACGCCGACAAUCUACAAGAAGGCCCUCUGGGCCAAGUCGGGGCACCUCGAGAAUUAUGCGGACGACAUGUAUACCGUGACGAGCACCUCGCCAUCGAGGGCCGAAGUCACCGAGGGCGGCGAGGAGGCCGAAUACGGCCUCAAGCCCAUGAACUGCCCCGGCCACUGCCUCAUAUUCGCGUCGCAGACCCGAAGCUACCGCGACCUCCCGAUCCGCUACGCCGACUUCAGCCCGCUGCACCGGAACGAGAUCUCGGGCGCCCUGAGCGGCCUGACCCGGGUCCGCAGGUUCCACCAGGACGACGGGCACAUCUUUUGCCGCCCGUCCCAGAUCAGGGAGGAGAUCUCCAAGACGCUCGACUUUGUCCGCCUCACCUACCGCGUUCUCGGCCUCGGACCGUACCGGCUCGUGCUCUCCACCCGGCCCGAGCAAUACAUCGGAUCCGCGGAGGACUGGGCGCAAGCGGAGGGGGCAUUGAGGACUGCGCUCACCGAGAGCGGGCACGACUACACCGUCAGCGAAGGCGACGGCGCGUUCUACGGGCCCAAGAUCGACAUCAUCCUGAAGGAUUCGGACGGGAAGGAACACCAGACGGCCACGAUCCAGCUCGACUUUCAACUCCCCAAGCGGUUCAACCUAGAAUAUACGGCGCCAGCUCCCGAGUACGAGAGACGUGGCGAGACCACAACGGACCCGAAACUGCUGGCCGAGUACGGACCCGUCCAACCGGUGCUCAUCCAUCGCGCUGUUCUUGGCUCGGCGGAACGGCUCAUGGCGCUCCUGAUCGAGCACUACAACUGGAAGUGGCCGUUCUGGCUCAAUCCCCGGCAGGCCAUCGUCAUCACGGUCAACAGCACAGAGCCCGUGGUAGACUGGGCACGGCAAACCCGUGACUUGCUACUCGGCGUCUCGCCCUCGUCGUCGUCCUCGACGACAACAGAGCUGGCGUCGCCUACGGGUCUCGCCGUCGACUUUGACGACAGCGACCGCAGCGUGGGGCUGAAGGUGCGCGAGGCCACGACCAAGGGUUACGGGCUGAUUGUCGCCGUGGGCCCGCGGGAUGUUGAAAAUAAGACGGUCGGUGUCAACGCGACGGCCCUGGCGAAACCUGGCGCCAGCGCAGAGGAGCUCAAGAGGCUCAAGCGCAUGGACAUGACGCCGGAGAAGCUGCGGGAAUACAUGCUCUCGUUGAAAAUAAACGAAGCCAUGGAUCUCACUAACCCCUCGGAUCCGCCGCCGGACUACAUCACGGCGACCCGCGCCCACGGCGUGCCCCUCCGCCAGAGUGCCCCGAUCAGGAAGGGGCCCUUCCCUCUCGAGCUGCCGAUUCUCUCCUACCUCCGCUCAAAGCGCGUGAUCCUCGCCAGUGCCUCGCCGCGCCGCAGAGCUCUCCUCUUGCAGCUCGGCCUUACCAACCUCGAAAUCAUCCCCUCCAACGAACCCGAAGACCUCGACAAGAAGGCCCACACGCCCGAGGAGUACGUGGCGGCCACCGCGCAGCGCAAGUGCCUGGCCGUAUACCAGGCGGCCCUGGAUCGGCAGCAGGAGGCGGCCGAGAACAAGAACAACAACAAGGAGAAGAAGAAGGAGGAGGAGGAGGAGGAGAAGGAGGAGGACAAGGAAGGGUCGUCGGGCGCCAACGCGAACGCGAAUGCUAAACCGAACCCGAACCCGCGCGAGCUCGAGGACCCGGCGGUGGUGAUCGCGGCCGACACGGUGAUCGCGACGCGGGGCGGGCAGAUCCUGGAGAAGCCGCGGUCCGAGGCGGAGCACGUGCGGAUGCUGAAGCACCUGCGCGACACGGUGCGCCACCGGGUGCUGACGGGCGUGUGCGUGCUCGCGCCCAAGGCGGACGCCUCCCACCCGGGCUACGAGCUGGCCUCGCACGUGGAGGAGACGAGGGUCUUCUUCGCCGGCGCCGACGACGGCCUGCCCGACGACGUCAUCGAGAGCUACGUCCGCACCCGCGAGGGCGCCGACAAGGCCGGCGGCUACGCCAUCCAGGGCGUCGGCGGCAUGGUCCUCGUCGACCGCGUCGAGGGCAGCGUGGAUAACGUGGUCGGCCUGCCCGUGAGGAAGUGCCUGCAGCUGUGCGAGAAGGUGGUGUUUCGGCAGGGGCAUGAUGACGAGGAGGGUGAGGACGAGUGA